AUGCUCAGAGCUCAGAACAAGCAGCUGACCUGGCCAGUCGCCACCUUUUUCCAUUCGCUUCCCUCGCUGCUUACACCUCCUCGAAGCUCGUUCUCACCAUUUCGCAAGUUUAGUUCGUUCUCUAGUCAACCGCACAGUCAUACUUAUAGUACCGUACUUAAACAAGUGAUCUUCAUCCGCCAACAUGUACCCUCCUACCUCAUCACACGACAUGGAGCUGGGCGAAUCCGCACUUCGUGCCCUCGCAAAGCUAUCACAACGCGCACCAACCGACAUCAACUUCCUCAAGUCGCUAUGGGACAACGUCACGGACAUGUUAGACCACGAGCCCUCAGUCUUCUUGCGUGUCCCAACAUCGCAAUAAGACUCACACUAAAAACCAAAACGGCCAUGCUCCAGGAUACCGGCGUGUUACUCACCAUGCUGGAAAACCUUGCGCGCCUCGUACUCUACCAGGUUGAGGGUAGAAUUCAUAAGCUGUCCAGGGCGAAUUCGAACGAUGAGCAGUCCAGCAAGGUGUAG